AUGGAAUUCCCCAGCGCCUCUCGGCUUUCUCCUUUCCCCCGGUUGGAGGGUGAAUUUGACUUUUGCAUUUCUGCAAGAAACAGAUCCACAGUGUCCUUUGAGGAGGUAGCUGUAGAAUUCACUGAGGCGGAAUGGGCUCUGCUGGAUCGAGGCCAAAGAAAAGUCUUCUGGGAGGUGAUGGAGGAAAAUUAUGAGACCGUGGCCUCUCUGUGGGACUACAUUUCCCAGAAGGACUUGCAAGCACCAGAGAGGUCAACCCUGUGUUUUUUAGGAGUCGAGGGAGUGUUUUUUCCUCAAGGUGGAGAAGGAAAUGUAUGGGAUAUGCAGUUCCACAGGGCCUCUCUUCUUCCUUGUUUCCCCUGGCUGGAGGGAGAAUUUGGCUUUUGCACGUCUGCAGGAAAGAGAUUCACAGUGUCCUUUGAGGAGGUAGCCAUGUUCUUCACGGAGGAAGAAUGGGCACUCUUGGAUGCAGGCCAGAGAAAACUCUACUGGGAUGUUACAAAGGAAAAUUACGAGAUUGUGGCCUCUCUGGCUGGAGAUGUGAGGGAAAUGAUGAGCGAAAGGGACUCAGGAAGGAGACUUGUGGGAAAAGACAACAAUCUGCAGGUGGAGGCAAUAUCAGAAAUAAUCCUGAGGCCUCUGCCCAAGACAAGAUAA